AUGCCAUUCCUUGUUAGUGCUGCUGCUGCACAGUUUCAGACAAGACUAGCGAAAGAGACGGACGCUGCACUAAUGUACGACGCUGUGCACGUGGUGUCUGUGGCUGUCCAACAAUUUCCUCAGAUGACAGUCAGUUCCUUGCAGUGUAAUCGACACAAACCCUGGCGCUUCGGGACCCGCUUUAUGAGCCUGAUUAAAGAGGCACAUUGGGAAGGCCUCACAGGCAGAAUAACUUUCAACAAAACCAAUGGCUUACGAACAGAUUUUGAUUUAGAUGUGAUCAGCCUCAAGGAGGAAGGUCUGGAAAAGAUUGGGACUUGGGAUCCAGCCAGUGGCCUGAAUAUGACAGAAAGUCAAAAGGGAAAACCAGCCAACAUCACAGAUUCCUUAUCCAAUCGUUCUUUGAUUGUUACUACCAUUUUG